AUGGCCGACUCAACAUGCCCAAAGCCAGAUUGCAUCGACAGCCCGCUCGUCUCAGCAGCCAGCAUCAUGGGGAUCAUGACCUUCAUAUACGCUGUGCUGGCCGGUAUAUUCGUCGCCUACAUCCAAGCCAUGACCACGGCCUCGGAGCUGGGGGACUUAACUCUCUCCUUUGAAUCAACGCAGAGACAACUCGAAGCAUGUCGGCGAAAGAUGGGGUAUUUCAACGAAGUGUUGCCAAAGGGCGCUACGCGGGAAGAGCUGUAUCACCUUUAUGGGAUUCUGAGACGAGGCGAAGAGAUCGUCGAUGAUCCGAAUACGAAGAAGAUGUUGAAUAAAGUUAGUCAGUAUAACCACUUUAACAAGUCGAAGCGGUUGAGGUCCAUGGUUGCUGGGAAGGCGAUGAAGGAUGCGAUGGAUGGAAGGUUGAAGGCCGCUCAGCGGGUUGUGAGUGAGGUGCAGCUUGGUUUGAUUCAAUUGAAACAAGACAUCAUCAACGCAGAUCAGAUUGCUCGCUCGAAUGCCUUGUUCAAUAUGAUGCUAGACGCCAGCAAAAGACCCAGCUCCGACGAAAUAGCACGCUCAGCAGCACUCUCUUCAAUGCCUCAAGACCUCAACAUGAGACCCAACGGGGCAGAUUCCUCAGCACCGUCUUCGUCUGACCUCGAAUACCCUUUCGGGCCAAGAUUUCAAACGAAGCCCGAGGAUCAGCAGAACACCAACGAAAACGAGAAAUCGGCUAUCCUGUUAAGGUCUCAGAUGAUGACCUCGGACGGUGGGAGAUCGGAUCCCGCUGACCGUGAGGCGGCUGAGGAUCCGUUGGGCAAAUUGAUGCGAGCACGAACGAUGUCGGUGUCAGGACUCGGCAAUGAGAAAUAA